AUGCGGGUAAUCAUUGUUGGCGGGGGCUUGGCGGGUCUCACGCUUGCAAGCGCAUUGGAAAAAGCGAAUGUUGAUUUUGUAUUGCUAGAGGCCCGAGGUCGAUUUGACCCCCAAGUCAGAGCAUCGAUUGGGCUAAAUGCCGCCGCAAUGCGCAUCCUGGAUCAGCUAGGGGCGGCCAAAGAGAUCAUGAAUCAUACAGCACCAAUCAAAAUGUCCAAAGUUCAUCGCAGCGACGGUACACUGGUCAUGCCACCAGCGUUCACUUUCCCGAUCUUGAAAGCCAGGUAUGGGAUAAUUGGAUGUCGAGUUAGUUUUGAAGCAGUUUCAUUGAAGAACAUUCUAGGUUUGGCUACGGAACAAAAUGCUGCCCAACAAAACCGUGUUGCGGAUCGACCAGAUUCUGGCGUCAGUGUGAAUUGUGAAGACGGCUCUUCCUACCAUGGUGACGUGGUCGUUGGCUGUGAUGGCGUCAACAGCAAAGCAUCGACUCGUAGCGAGAUGUGCCGUCUUGCUAACGAGGAGGAUCCAGACCACUUCCGAGCGCUGAAGGAGACAAGAAUGAGUGCUGAAUUCAAAUGUCUGUUCGGCAUAUCUGACCCCGUAGAUGGUCUCAUCGAGGGAACCGUCGACACCGUUUUUGACGACGGCAGGUCCAUGCUCGUGAUCACUGGGAAACAUGUACGAGUGUUCUGGUUUUACCAUGAGAAGUUGCGCAAGGUCUAUUAUACCGAUGCCAAAGACUUCCCACGAUACUCUCAAGCAGACGCGGAGAAUCUCGCGCCCAAAAAUGCCUGGCGGCCUAUCACCGAGACUGUGACGCUGGGAGAUCUCUGGGAAAAUCGUGUGACCUACACGCUGGUGCCGUUGGAGGAGGCUCUUUUUAACAUGUGGAGCUGGGGACGUAUAGCGACUGUUGGGGAUAACUCCCAUAAGAUGACCCCUAAUACUGGCCAAGCUGGGAACAAUGCAAUCGAGUCUGCUGCUGCGCUAGCAAAUCAACUCCAAAGGCUCCAUGAUGAGGGGCCGAUCACCUCUCAGACAAUCAAGUCAGCGUUGUGCAAGUGGCAGGAGAAGCGCCAGGCCCGAGUCAACGCGACAGUGAAAGAAGCGGCGAUGGUUUGCCGAUUGCAGGCGCUGGAUAGUCGCAUGGCCCCAUUCGUCAUGAACUAUGUUGUGCCAAAUGCCACCGAGUCGCUUCUGAGAUUGGUCACUGGUACGCUCAUCGGCGCUGAAAUCAUUGAGUACCUACCAGUACCAGACCAGUCUUUCGAAGGCUCCUGUCCCUUCAACCCAAGCCAAGGUAUCGGCAAACACGAAAGAUUGCUUAAACGUACGGCCCUUGCGUUGCCAUUGCUCGUUCUCUCUUUAUGGGUGGCGACAAUGACGCCCAUUGACAGUGUGGAUGGUUCGAUACGCCAAUUCCUGCAGCCAAGACCACUCACGGAAUUCGGUGAACGAGCGCAAUUGCUUCAAAAUUUACGCGCUCUUGCUGAGGAGAGUGUCAUUUAUGCCAUAUGGCUCAUUGAGUCGAACCGUCGUGCCAAUGUGAUGACGUUCGCGCAGUUUCCAACCAUCUUCUGGCUCCUUGGCCUUAGGUACGGACCAGGAUUUGUUAGUCCUUGUUACUAUGCCCUGCACUUUUUAUUCUCGGGCAUCGAGAAAUUCGCGGCAGCUGAUGCAAGGCUCACCAAUGUGGCCUACACCCGGUUGAUCUUGCCCUCAGUAGUGCUCUUUAUGGGUGCACCGGUUUUCCUCACCCUGAGCGGCUACUCCAUCAAGGUCGAUACAGCGAGGUGGCACUGGCGAUGGAUGCUCCAGCCACAGGUUUUAAUUGUGAUCACGCAGUGGAUAAUGCUCAAAGCUCGGAUGAGCAAAGUCAGCAUGCACGAGGACGCAAUGAGCAACCAGCUGCGGAUCUCCCUUACAUCCGAUGGUGCUUAUGUGUCCUCAGUGCCGUAUCUGCAGCGAGUUGCAUAG